AUGAAAUUUGCGAUCGCGAGCGUUGUUGCUACUCUGGCGGGAGCCGUGCCGUUGCCUGCGGGGCCUCCAAAUCUCCAGAAAUGGAUCAAGAUCAAUGAAGUCGAGUACCCGGUCCCGAGCGGCAUGCAUCCCGAGAACUACCGGCAGCAGCUCUCUGAUGCAGGUAUUGCGCCUCGCUCGCAAGAACACUCCAUGCCCAUGAGUCCGCAAUUCCCGCGCCCCAUCAGAACCAUACAGUCUGUCGCCGUACAGCCUGCCUCGGUGCAAUCGGUCAACGUGGUCCCCACUAUUCAGCACUACUCCAUGCCCGCUGUACAACAGGGAUACGAGCCGUCCUUGCUGCAACCCUUCCAGAUACAGCACUCAUCCGGUCUCUGGAACGGGGCUCUAAACCCUGUGGGUAUGGGUAGUCAACUCCUUGGCGCUCAUUACAUGGCUGGCCCAACCCUGGGUGGUCAUGUCACGCAUAGCCAAAUCAUGAAUAAUCAAAUCAUGAAUAAUCAAAUCAUGAAUAAUCAAAUCAUGGGUGGCCAGCGCCAAUGGGUGAAACUCCGUGAGGGCACCGACCCCAUCGAAGUCCCGUUCGGUAGUGACCCGCAAAGUUAUCUUGACUCCAUCCGCGCAGGUCGCAGAAAUUUAUCUCAGGUAAGUCUCCCCGUUCGUAAAUUCCCAGUUCGAGAACUCCAGGUGGGUGAUCUUCCAAGUCGGGAAUUGCGGAAAUCAAAAACUCAAAAUCCUAACCUCGAUCCCGUGAUAAGCCGAACGACCCAAUCCACCUCAAAGGAAGAGUACUACUCUCCCAGGGGCUCGGACACUUUUGCGAUCCCCGCCGACCCGCACCUGAACCUGAUGGGCGCUUAUGUGAAUAUGCACGGUGAUGCACCCCUCGUACCCGCCAGCAUGAGCCACGUCCCCGGCUUGACCGGCGGUCUGUGGCACGCGGGCAAGAAUGCCGCCGUGCAUAGGCCAAGUCAAUUCCCUGUCAUCCGGGCUCCAGUCAUUUACGGCAGCUCGUGGACUGCCGGACCCCAGGUGGGAUCAGGCCUGGGCGCGGCUGGCAGUAAAAAUCUGCAAUUACAUAUUGGACACUUACGAUCUGGAAAAGAAUCUCUUCUUGUGUAG